CUAUGUUAUUGAGAAAUGUGUAUUUUUGCAGAGGGGUUUAAAAUUUUGAAGCGUGUGGACUAGGAAUAUAUUAAGGUAUUCUGGAAAUACCGAAAUUUGACAACGAUGCGCUGGACCGUGUUCGGCUUUGUAUUGAUCCUUUCUGUUCCUGGUCAUAUCUGCGAGUCUAGUUACGAAUACGACGAGAACGGAUACACAGGUUACGAGAACGGAAACACAGGGUAUACCAACACUUACACAGGUUACGAGAACGGAUACACAGGGUAUACCAACACUUACACAGGUUACGAGAACGGAUACACAGGGUAUACCAACACUUACACAGGUUACGAGAACGGAUACACAGGUUACGAGAACGGUUACUCAGGGUAUACCCAAACUUACACAGAGUCUCCGUAUGACACGUGGUACCCUUAUGAGAAUACAGGCUACACUUAUUCUACCGACACCACGUGGACGGGUACCAACACUGACUGGAUACAUCCAACAGGCUCAUCCUCUCACCAUGACUAUUACACACACGAAUACAGUGGAUCUAUGGAAUGGAAGUGCUUGCGAGGUAAUCUGACAUUGCCUUUACAAAGUUGGGAAGAAGCGCUCAAUGAUCCCUCGUCAACCGCAUUCAGUAACUUGAAAGGAAGCCUGAGUUUGAAGGUUAACAACACGGCCUCCACGGGUAUAUACUACGUUAAUUUCGUAUACUUCGACGUGAUACGAUUCCUACCUGGGGUUAUAGCGGAAUACGAACUAUACUUGUACACAGAACCCUUCAGCGAUAUUGAAGAAACGAAGAACACGACCAAAUAUUUGUUUCUAUCGAUGUCUGACGUUACAAACGCUACUGUAGUUGAUGAGUGUAGUGACAUGACGGAUGGACAUUCGAGUUGGACCAACACUCAUACAGACUGGAUACAUCCAACAGGCUCAUCCUCUCACCACGACUAUUCGACAUUGGAAAGCAGUGGAUAUAUGGAAUGGGAAUGGAAGUGUUUGCGAGGUAAUCUGACAUUGUCUUCACAAAAUUGGGAAGAAGCGCUCAAUGAUCCCUCGUCAACCGCAUUCGGUAACUUAGAAGGAAACCUGAGUUCGAAGGUUGAAAACACGGCCCACAUGAGUAUAUACUACAUUAAUUUCGUACACUUCGACGUGAUACGAUUCUUACCAGGGCUUAUAGCGGAAUACGAACUGCAGUUGAACCUAGAACCAUUCAGCGAUAUUGAAGAUACGAAAAACACUACCAAAUAUUUACUUUUAUCGAUGUCUGACGUUACAAACGCUACUGUGGUUGAGGAGUGUAGCGGCAUGCCGGAUGGACAUUCGAGUUGGACCAACACUCAUACGGACUGGAUACACCCAACAGGCUCAUCCCAUUACUAUGAUUAUUCGACAUACGAAAGCAGUGGGUAUAUGGAAGAGAAGUGUCUGCGAGGUAAUCUGACAUUGCCUUACGAAACUUGGGAAGACGCGUUGUAUGAUCCGGGGUCAAUCACAUUCAGUGACUUAGAAGAAGACCUGACUUCGAAGGUUGAAAAUACGGCCAAAAUGAGUAUAUACUACAUUAAUUUCGUACACUUUGACGUGAUACGAUUCUUACCAGGGCUUAUAGCGGAAUACGAACUGUACUUGAACCUAGAACCAUUCAGCGAUAUUGAAGAUACGAGAAACAUUACCAAACAUGUGUUUCUAUCGAUGCCUGACGUUACAAAUGCUACUGUGGUUGAUGAGUGUAGCAGCAUGACGGAUGGACAUUCGAGUUGGACCAACACUCAUACGGACUGGAUACACCCAACAGACUCAUCCCAUUACUAUGAUUAUUCCACAUACGAAAGCAGUGGUUAUAUGGAAGAGAAGUGUCUGCGAGGUAAUCUGACAUUGCCUUACGAAACUUGGGAAGACGCGCUCUAUGAUCCGGGGUCAAUCACAUUCAGUGACUUAGAAGAAGACCUGACUUUGAAGGUUGAAAAUACGGCCAAAAUGAGUAUAUACUACAUUAAUUUCGUACACUUUGACGUGAUACGAUUCUUACCAGGGCUUAUAGCGGAAUACGAACUGUACUUGAACCUAGAACCAUUCAGCGAUAUUGAAGAUACGAAAAACAUUACCAAACAUGUGUUUCUAUCGAUGCCUGACGUUACAAAUGCUACUGUGGUUGAUGAGUGUAGCAGCAUGACGGAUGGACAUUCGAGUUGGAACAACACUCAUACCGACUGGAUACACCCAACAGACUCAUCCCAUUACUAUGAUUAUUCCACAUACGAAAGCAGUGGUUAUAUGGAAGAGAAGUGUCUGCGAGGUAAUCUGACAUUGCCUUACGAAACUUGGGAAGACGCGCUCUAUGAUCCGGGGUCAAUCACAUUCAGUGACUUAGAAGAAGACCUGACUUCGAAGGUUGAAAAUACGGCCAACAUGAGUAUAUACUACAUUAAUUUCGUACACUUUGACGUGAUACGAUUCUUACCAGGGCUUAUAGCGGAGUACGAACUGUACUUGAAACUAGAACCAUUCAGCGAUAUUGAAGAUACGAAAAACAUUACCAAAUAUGUGUUUCUAUCGAUGCCUGACGUUACAAAUGCUACUGUGGUUGAUGGGUGUAGCAGCAUGACGGAUGGACAUUCGAGUUGGACCAACACUCAUACCGGCUGGUAUGGCUCCACAUCAGACAGCUAUUUCAGUUAUUAUGAUACUACUGGUUACUAUGGAAGCAGCUAUGACUCGAUAAGUCCAACAGGGACCUUCUCUGAUGAUUAUUCAACUUACUUCAGCGGGGAUUAUAGCGGUGAUUAUAGCGGUGAUUUCAGCGGUAAUGGAACUGACUACAGCGGUGAUUUCAGUGGAAAUGGAACUGACUUCAGCGGUGAUUACAGCGGUAAUGGAACUGACUUCAGUGGUGAUUUCAGCGGUAAUGGAACUGACUUCAGUGGUGAUUUCAGCGGUAAUGGAACUGACUUCAGCGGUGAUUUCAGCGGCAAUGGAACUGAUUAUAGCGGUGAUUUUAGUGGUAAUGGAACUGACUUCAGCGGUGAUUUCAGUGGUAAUGGGACUGACUUCAGCGGUGAUUUUAGCGGAAAUGGAACUGACUACAGCGGUGAUUUCAGUGGAAAUGGAACUGACUUUAGCGGUGAUUACAGCGGUAAUGGAACUGACUACAGCGGUGAUUUCAGUGGAAAUGGAACUGACUUCAGCGGUGAUUUCAGCGGUAAUGGAACUGACUUCAGCGGUGAUUUCAGCGGUAAUGGAACUGACUUCAGCGGUGAUUUCAGCGGUAAUGGGACUGACUACAGCGGUGAUUUCAGCGGUAAUGGAACUGACUUCAGCGGAGAUUACAGCGGUAAUGGAACUGACUACAGCGGUGAUUUCAGCGGUAAUGGAACUGACUUCAGCGGUGAUUACAGCGGUAAUGGAACUGACUACAGCGGUGAUUUCAGCGGAAAUGGAACUGACUUCAGCGGUGAUUACAGCGGUAGUGGAACUGACUUCAGCGGUGAUUACAGCGGCAAUGGAACUGAUUACAGCGGUGAUUUCAGUGGUAAUGGAACUGACUUCAGCGGUGAUUUCAGCGGUAAUGGAACUGACUUCAGCGGUGAUUUCAGCGGUAAUGGAACUGACUACAGCGGUGAUUUCAGUGGAAAUGGAACUGACUUCAGCGGUGAUUACAGUGGUAAUGGAACUGACUUUAGUGGCGAUUACAGCGGUAAUGGAACUGACUUCAGCGGUAAUGGAACUGACUUCAGCGGUGAUUUCAGCGGUAAUGGAACUGACUUCAGUGGUGAUUACAGCGGUAAUGGGACUGACUACAGCGGCGAUUUCAGCGGUAAUGGAACUGAUUUCAGCGGUGAUUCAAGCGGUAAUGGAACUGAAUACAGCGGUGAUUCAAGCGGUAAUGGAACUGACUUCAGCGGUGAUUCAAGCGGUAAUGGAACUGACUUCAGCGGUGAUUCCAGUGGUAAUGGAACUGACUUCAGCGGUGAUUUCAGUGGUAAUGGAACUGACUUCAGCGGUGAUUACAGCGGUAAUGGGACUGACUACAGCGGCGAUGGAACUGAUUAUAGCGGUGACGAUCAUGGAGCCCUGAAUGUGACAGUGACAACUGGUGUGGAGGAAGUUGGGAAUGCUCCUAGACUUGCGUUAAGAUGCGGAUUUCAGUCUCAGUCAGAUUACGAGUACGAGGUUAAGUGGCUAGCAGAUGGCGAACCGAUUUAUACGAGCCAGCGUCUUUCACAGGAAGAAGCCGAUUCCCACUUUGUAACCAAUGAUGAUUUAACAUAUUCUGGUUAUGCUUUGGAGAAAGUGUACCGGUGUGUUGUGAGGGCUUUCCAAAUUGGCGCUGCAAACAGCAUAAUGACAGGCACAUCCGAUGACAAAUAUGCUGUUGAGUUUCAUGCGAACCAUGUAGAAAUUAACAGAGGCCAAGAAGCAAGCUUCACCAUGUCUAUCAACAUUCCGCUACCAAGUUUAGAUGGAGAAAACAGUUACAUUAUUAUUAAAGUUUAUGACCCGUAUGAAAGCCACAGCUGCGGGGACUCCACACUUGCAAUAAAGAACACUGACACGUGCGGUCUCAGAAUCUAUGGAACAUCAAACUAUAGCGCCGGGAACGUGGGAGACAAAACCAUCAGGCUAACUACAAAAAAUAACAACAAUUGGGACUUAAAAGACACUUUCUGGGUUAAGGUGAAGAUUGAAGGCGUAGGAGUUGAAAAUUUCUGGAGUGGAACGUUUACACAAGAAUUUGAGGUUACUGUGAAUGACGAUAAUUACCAUUGGUAUGGAACUUACUGUUACGCAGUGAAUGACCCACGGUUUAAGACAUUCGAUUGGCUUUUCUAUAGUAUCAAUUCCUUUGCUGGCAUCUUAGUAAUGUACAAACACGAAACGUACCCAGCUGAGGUUCAAAUCAACACAGAGGCAUGCAACUGGGGUUGGGGUACAUGUGUGUGCGCAGUUGUCGUCAGAGCUGGAUCUGAUGUGUUUAUGAUGGACCACUGCAAUGGAAACCAUACCACAACGUAUGCACGGUCCUCGGGCAACGGACUACUUUAUGUAACACAACCACAUUUGAACGACUAUGAGAUAUUCUUCCCACAUGGAACCUCGGUGUAUGUACAAGUCUCUCCACCAUAUUGGCCCUUCACGUUGGUCAAUGUAUUUAUUUUCCCAUCACCCGCAGACGUGGGUAAUAUUAAGGGUCUAUGUGGAACCCUAAAUGGAGAUAUUCAUGACGACUUUACACACGAGGAUGGAAGUGUAAGUGCUACAGAUGUUUACUGGUGGGGAUGGCAAAUAGGUGAACCAACUGACUUCGCAGAUUCAUGGCUGUUAACAGAUGAGGAAUCUCUGUUUGAUGAUGGCGUUUUGGACUCUUUGGAAGAAUGGAGUGAGGAAGAAACAUACUGUGUUUGCACGGGCUCCGGAGGCGAAGAUGCCCCAACAUGUUCGAUGCAUGAAAAAAGAACCUGUGCUGACCAAGAAGCCGAAAUAACUCGACGAUCAGUGGACGGUCGUAAGAAAAGAAUGGCAAAAUUACGCGAGGUCGAAGGAUACCGCAUGGAACAUGAAGAACUAAGUCGGCGUUUGAACACACGGAAAGAAAUGCGCUUAAUGACAGCUGAAACUAGAAGAAAGCGGAGCACAGAUACUAGUGUGACAGCAACUAGGGAGGAAGCCGAAGCGUGGUGUAAUGCUAGUUUGACAAGAGAUUGCGGUGGCGACGGCUCGCAGCAACUUGUGAAUAUGAAUGAUAUAAUAAACCUAUGUGUUGAGGACAAACAGCUCAACAAAACUGUGAGUUGGGAAACCACCUCUUGUUCUGUAACCAUUACUAUAGUGAAUACGACCAUGAACAAGAAUGCGAGUGAUGCAGCAGCGGCCAAUGAAACAUUUUGCCCUGGUAAUUGCUACGGUCAAGGGAAUUGUAGCGAAGGCGCCGAUGGACAAGGCGAAUGUCACUGUAAUGACGGCUAUGAAGGCGAAGACUGUGGGACACCUGCAAAUGCUCUUGCAAACGUGUUUGGCAGUACAAGUUGCAACACAUCCUGCCCAAGUGUAACUGUAAUGGUCAGCGUUAUAACAUCAAAUGCUGUUUGUAAAAUAAGGCUCUCGAAGAUACUCCUGCCAAAUAACACAGUGGAAGAUGUAAGUGAAAUUACAGUACCUAUGAACCGGCUGAAUAGUUACGAAGGCAUCUGUAAUACUCAAUCAACAUCGAGACGGAGACGACGCUCGACCGGGAGUGGAAGUAGUGACGCAGCCGAUAUUUACACUAUAUCUGUUAGCAACGACGGGACAACUUUUGGAGAUUCCAUUGAAGUUGCCGCCCUUGAUAACACAUGUCUUACAUAUAAUGCAUCAACUGGUGUUGUGACUCUUGAUAAUAACUACUGUCUAAUCGAAGGAACUUGCUACGAGAAUGGUGUGAACCAAACGGGACAGACCUGUAGUUAUUGUGACAUUGCAGUGAAUAUAUAUGACUGGACAUUGAGUAGUGGUUACUGUCUGAUAGAUGGCGCAUGCUACACAAAUGGAACUACAAAGGCAGGAGAUAGUUGUAAAUACUGCCACGUGACGGCUGACACGGAUGACUGGACGGAUGACAACGAAACUGCGUCCUGCCUACCGACUGAGUCCUCCUCCGACAGCGGUAUGGAAGGCUAUCUGAUUGCCGUUAUUGUGCUUUCUGUGCUGAUUGUUCUAGGCGGUGUUGCAGCCGGGGGAUAUUUCUUGUGGCGGAAACAUAAACUUUCUAAGAAAUCAAACGCGGGUCUCUUCGAUACAGUCGCACAUGGUAGGUUUUUACUUCGGGUCGAGGCAUCAAAGCGGCAGAUGCUAAUAGCAGAAGGUAUUCAUCCUCCUCCGCUUCAUCCAGCUCCAGCUCGUCCUACCACGCUAUACCCUGGGACCAGUCGAUUCGCAGAACCAAAUCCAGGCUCAGAACCGAUUCCAGAUAAUUUGUACACAGAAAGAGAAGUGACUAAUAAGCACACGACUUGGACACCUGCCAUGCCAAAGUCAUUGUACAAGGGUUUCUCCGAACCAAAUCCAGCGUCUGAAAAGAUUCCCAGCAAUUUGUACACGGAACGUGAAGCGACUGACAAGCACAGGACUCCAAGUCCAUCCAUGCCCACAAGCGAAAUUGACAGGGCUCAUACACCGAACAUGCCUAACAUCGAGGCAUAAAAAUUUUGAACCAAGAGAAACUUGUUGCUUUACGAACAGAACAUUUUUAUUAUCUACGUUUUACUUUCGUUAUAACUAUAUUUUCCUAUUUCAUGUGUCCUACAAUGAAUUUUAGUUAUCUUUUCUUGGCAUUUGUACCUCAGUUGCAUUAGCUGUCUGCAAACAUUUCAAUAAAGAUGUGCGAAGUAUUAAAUCAGAAAUGAUAUUUCUCCCGCAAAUGAACAAAUACUAAAUUCACAUUUAAAUCAAUUUCGAACAAUCUGAGAAUAAAUGUUCAGUAUUUUAAAAUGAAAAUUAAGUUGAUUUUAUUUAAGAAUUGAAAUACUAUUUACGGUUCUAAGUUAAGAUAAUUUCUUGUGUUAAAUAUAGUCUCAUCUAUGAGAAAGAACAUCUAAUCUACACGUGUAAAGAAGGUACAAAAAGACUAAAAAGCUAAACUGAAAGAUAAUUUUCGUCACAUUUUAACUUUUUUCUAGCAAAAGGAGAAUCUUUGUAAAAUUAAUUUAGUAUAAUUUUCAUUAAUUACACUUUCUGUCAGUGCGACGUCUAACUGUUCGCACUGAACAUGCAACUGGUCUUGCAGAUUUUUUUUUUUACAUUUUUAGCUGAAUGUCUAUUUGCAGUGAUUAUGUUUUCGUAUAUACUUAUGUAACAUCUUUAUUAGAGAAAAUUGUUUUUCUAUGUAUGCAUUGUAUGUUUUUUUGACUGUGAUAUUUCGGUUUGUAAAGGUUUAAUGUUCCCCUUGGGACAUCAUAUAGUAAUUGAAGCGUUCGUCCAUUCGUCGAUUUUUUGUCAUGUCUUUAACUUUGUCCUUUCUUGGAUGGAUUUCAAAAAUCCUACACAACUGAUCAGUACACGACGUGUUGCGUGCAAGAACCAUAAAUCUACUAGUAUUAUGUCUUAAAGUUAUCUGUUACUGAAUGCCCAUCCCGAGUCCGUGGCUGGUUGGUUACUUUGUUGUUUUUGGAUGAAUUUCAAAAAUAGUUUGCACCAAUAAUCAGGCUGACGUGGCAAUAAGUCGCGUGCAAAUACCUAAAAUCAAUCACUUACUUUUUGAACUUUUGACCUACAUUUUGCACCCACAUUUAUUGAAUGUUUAGCCGGAUUCUUUUCCGAUUAUAUUCAUGGCUAGAUUUCCAGCCUGACAUGAUGAUGUAAAUGAGGCAGUUUUGUCAUGGGUUGAAAUUGUUCCACAAAAUUAGAUCAGUAUUCUAAUAAGUUUUAAUCGGUCAAAAAAUUACCAAACAUUUGCACGGAUAUUACAUAUCAGUUACCAGUUCCAUUCAAAUGAAGCAGUUUGGGGACAUGUACUUUUUUAAAAAUAAGUCUCUUGUAUUGUCAUUGUUAUUGUCACAGUAUUAUAUUAGUGUUAUAUUAGAAUGUCAUACAUACAUUAGUUUGAUUUUUGUAAGAGUUAUAAUUGUACACGCAUAAUGAAUUGAUGUUACUGAAAGUCUGUCUGAUAUUUUUAGCCCACCAGAGCCAAAGGCUCAGGGUGAGCUAUUCUGGUCACUCACCGUCCGUCGUCCGUCGUCAGUAAACUUUUACUUUAAACGACAACUCCUCAUAAACCGCUAGGCCAAUUUCACCCAAACUUCACAGAAAUGUUCCUUGGGUAAAGCUCUACAAACACUAUUCAAAGAAUUGAAUUCCAUGCAGAACUCUGGUUGCCAUGGCAACCGAAAGGAAAACCUUUAAAAAUCCUCUUCUCAAAAACCAGAAGCUCUAGAGCUUAGAUGUUUGAGGUGAAGCAUUGCCUAGUGGACCUCUACCAAGUUUAUUCAAAUCAUGACACCGGGUUCAAAAUUGACCCCGCCCCAGGGGUCACUUGAUUUUACAGAGGAAAAUCUUCAAAAAUCUUCUUCUCAAAAACCAGAAGGCCUAGUGCUGAGAUAUUUGACAUGUAGCAUUGCCUAGUGGACCUCUACAAAAUUUGUUCAAAUUAUGACCGCCGGGGUCAAAAUUGACCCGCCCCAGGGGUCACUUGAUUUUACAUAGGAAAAUCUUCAAAAAUCUUCUAAAAAUAAACCAACGGGCCCAGAUCUUAGAUAUUUGACAUGAAGCAUUGCCUAGUAGACUUCUACAAAUUUUGUUCCAAUCAUGACCCCCCGGGGUCAAACUGACCCCGCUCCAUGGGGUCACUUUAUUUUACAUAGGAAAAUCUUCAAAAAAUUUCUAAAAAUAAACUAGAAGGCCUACAGCUUAGAUAUUUCACAUGUAGUAUUACCUAUUGGACCUCUACAAAAUUUGUUCAAAUCAUGACCCUCGCUUCAAAAUUGACCCCGCCCCAGGGGUCACUUGAUUUUACAUAGGAAAAUCUUCAAAAAUUUUCUAAAAAUAAACCAGCAGGCCUAGAUCUUAGAUAUUUGACAUGUAGCAUUGCCUAGUAGACUUCUACAAAGUUUGUUCAAAUCAUGACCCCCGGGAUCAAAUUGACCCCGCUCCAUGAGGUUACUUGAUUGUACAUAGAAAAAUCCUCAAAUGUUUCUAAAAAAUAAACCAGAAGGCCUAGAGCUUAGAUAUUUAACAUGUAGCAUUGCCUAGUGGAACUCUACAAAAUUUGUUCAAAUCAUGACCCUCGGGGUCAAAACUGAUCCCGCCCCAGGUGUCACUUGAUUUUACAGACGAAAAUCUUCAAAAAAAAUCUAAAAAUAAACCAGAAGGCCUAGAGAUUAGAUAUUUCAUAUGUAGCAUUGCCUAGUGGACCUCUACAAAAUUUGUUCAAAUUAUGACCCUCGCGGUCAAAAUUGACCCCGCCCCAGGGGUCACUUGAUUUUACAUAGGAAAAUCUUCAAAAAAUAUCUAAACAUAAACCAGAAGGCCUAGAUCUUAGAUAUUUGACAUGAAGCAUUGCCUAGUAGACUUCUACAAAAUUUGUUCCAAUCAUGACCCCACAGAGUCAAAUUGACCCCGAUACAUGGGGUUACUUGAUUGUACAUAGAAAAAUCUUCAAAAUUUUCUAAAAAAAAAAAAAAGAAGGCCUAGAGCUUAGAUAUUUGACAUGUAGCAUUGCCUAGUGGACCGCUCCAAAUUUGUUUAAAUCUUGACCCCACAGGGUCAAAUUGACCCCGCCCCAGAGAUCACUUAAUUUUACAUAGGAAAAUAUUCAAAAAAAAUCUAGAAAUAAACCAGCAGGUCUAGAUCUUACAUAUUUGACAUGUAGCAUUGCCUAGUAGACUUCUACAAAAUUUGUUCAAUUCAUGACCUCCUGGGUCAAAUUGACCCCGCUCCAUGGGGUUACUUGAUUGUACAUAGAAAAAGCUUCAAAAUUUUCUAAAAAUAAACCAGAAGGCCUAGAGCUUAGAUAUUUGACAUGUAGCAUUACCUAGUGGACCUCUACAACAUUUGUUCAAAUCAUACCCCCAGGGUCAAACUGACCCAGCCCCAGGGGUUACUUUAUUGUUCAUAGGGAAAUCUUCAUAAAUUUGCUAAAAAUAAACCAGAAGGCCUAGAUCUUAGAUAUUUGAUAUGUAACAUUGACUUGUAGACUUCUACAAAUUUGUUCAAAUCAUGACCCCCGGGGUAAAAUUGGCCCCGCCCCAGGGUUUACUUGAUUGUACAUCGGAAACUCUUCCAAAAAAUUUCUAAACAUCAUCAGUUUGACAUUUGAAACAUGUAGCUCAUAUUACUCAGGUGAGCGAUCCAGGAUCAUCAUGACCCUCUUGUUUAAAGAAGGUGACAAAACUUAUUCAAUUCGGCCUUCCGAAAAAAAGAAUACAUCUUAUGAUGAAGUAUGCAUAUCCGACCAUUUGUAAAAUUACAUCAGACCAGUAUAGGUUUAGAAUAUAUAAGCUUUUAAUGCGCUUACAAUUUCAGGACGAAUGUAUUCAUUUUCUCUGUAUUCAAUCAUUCUCAUCGGCAGUAUGACGAAAUGUGAAAAUAUAAAAAAAUCAUAUGCCGAGGCUGUGUAUUAAGUCGAACCUAAUCUAUGCUCCUUUUCAAUAUACACAGGCCAUUUCUCUGAAAUAUGUCGAGUCUAACCUAAGUGAGGCUCCGGACAAAUCAAACGUCUGAAAUGAGCAAUAUACUCCCAGCCUGCUAUGCUAAUAUAUACACUUAUUUUGAAAUAAUUACCUCAAUAAGAACACAGAUGUUUACGUCACACCCACCCAUUUGUUGUUACAGUACAUAUUUCUUUGCUAAUUAUAUAAGCAAGUUAAUCAACUGGAAGAGGUUACAUAAAAGGGAGCACUCAAGUUUAUUUAACACCCAACGUUAUUGUUACUAUACAUUUUAUUUUGCUAAAUAUAUGCAAAUACGGCAAGUCAGUGCGCGACUGCUAUACCUAUAUUUCAAUAUGGCACUAUACCUAUAUUUCAAUAUGGCAUGUAUUUCAGAUAUUAUAUUCUGUUGUGUUUUCUUUUGUUUUUUGGUUUUCUAUUCGAACUUUUAAUACUUUUUUUUUUUAUUGUUGUUAUUAUUAUACAAGUAGGACAGGUUCCCUAUGCAUUUUUGUUUAUAUACAUUUUAAUUUGUCCCCCUGAAACUUUGUUGAGGCUUUUUUUUUAGAGAUAAAUGAUGUCAUACUCGUAAAAAUAGAUAUGAAAAUAAAAUACCAGUAAACCAAAUGUGCAGCACACAUACUCGCAAUGUCAAUACAAAAUAUUGCUCCCCCACAAAGACUGACAAUAUCAAAAUAACAUAUCGUUCACGGUAGCAAGACAGUAUGUUACGCAUUACUAUCUAUUUAAGACACUCAAGGUCAAACAGUAUGAUGCUAACCACAAAAGCUCACCAUGUCAAAAUAAUAUAUUACUGACUACGUCAACACAAUAUGUUGUUCACCACAAAGACACACAAGCCACAAUGUAGCUCACUAUACAGAGAGACAAUAUUGUCUUGAGCUUGUGAGUGUUUGUAGUGAGCAACAUAUUGUCUUGAGUUUGUGAGUGUUUGUAGUGAGCAACAUAUUGUCUUGAGCUUGUGAGUGUUUGUAGUCAACAGAGUCUCACAAGCUCAAGACGAUAUUUAGCUCAUCACAGACUCACACAGUCCGCCCACUGCUUAGCUCAGUAGGGAGAGCGCAAAGCUACGGAUCGCGGGGUCGGGAAUUCGAUCCCCGGGCGAGGCGUUUGUUCUCCGUGACGAUUUGAUAGAAGAUAUUAUGUCUGAAAUCAUUCGUCCUCCAUCUUUGAUUCAUGUGGGGAAGUUGGCAGUUACUUGCGGAGAACAGGUUUGCGCUGAUACAUAAUCAAGGAACACUGGUUAGGUUAACUGCCCGCCGUUACAUAACUGAAAUACUAUUGCAAAACGGCGUUAAACCCAAAACAAACAAACAAACAGAGACUCACUGAUUGGCAAUAAAAUCUCUUGCUGGAAAAUGUUAAUAUUUAAUACUAACUGUUUGUUAGCUAUACUUUUUACUUGUUUACACACUCAGUGAUAGAAUCAUUUGCACUCAAUAUAGAAAUAAUAACUAGAUAACUGUACUUUCAGUAGACGUGUUUAGACUCAUUGGUAUAUCAUGUAAACAUAAGUAUAAUACCAGUCUGAUUUCCAUAAAAUGAAAUAAUUGAGUUAACUAGGCUCGAGGUUAUUAAACUGAAGUUGGUGAACAAUUUUUGAACUCUGAUAAAACAAUGGCAAGAAUGGUCUUUUAUUGUGAUAUUUCAUGGAACUGUUUCUCAUGCAAAUAAUUUUAGGUCUGUCAAUAUAAUGCGCAGAUCAAUUGUAAUAAACAAUGUUAUAUAUUAUACUUAUUUCAACAUACUUCAACGUAUAUUUAACAUAUUCUGUCUUUGUCUAACUGGUUCUAGCUAAUUCUAACUGAUUCGCACAAUAUAGGACUUUCAUCAUGCACAUGUCUGCUUCAACAAGAACACACUAGCGACUGUUAUUUGUAUUAAGUGGUGGUUAUUUCAAUUUUUGAAAAAUUUAAAUAUCUAACAAAAUAUAAGGGAGUAGUUUUCAUUUUAUGGUCAAUAAUGUGUUUGAGAGGGUUUCUGUCUUAAACAGUGUAGGUUGACCCGUAGAAUAUUGGAUACUUGCAUAAAUUAAACAAUUUUACCUACAUUGUUCAUGUCAUAUACAGUGAUACCUAACUAAAGACCACAAUUUAGAACUAGUUAUAUUUCCAAAUUAAACACGUUCAGUGACUUGUAGCUACCCGCAUAUAAAAAAGGAUAAAUAUCAAACAGGGAAUGCCAUGUCCCCAUGUCCCCAAAACGAAACUCACAGUACGCAUAUGUGCACACUGCCAACACACACGCUUACAUACAAAGCAAACACACAAGGACAACACGAACAAAUAUAGGAACACCUUGGAACGGUCAGCGGCAAAACCAUCACUGGGGAGCUAAAACCGGACUAUAGUUCGCACCCAACCUCACUCUUACCCCCACACUGUUCCAAAGACACGGGACAGUGUAAAAACACUUUUAAGGCUGUCUCUAGCAUGGUCUUGAUAUAUAGGUUUGACUAUAUUGUUUAAAACCAAAAGAAUCAAUGUAUUAAGAUCAAACAGAUAUAGUUUUCGCAGUGAAGUGCAAAUGUGGCCAAAUUUAAGAACUUUGAAACUACCUCAGAUAUUUUGAAUAUUUUAAGACUCGCCUAUUACCGUCCUUAACAUUUUCUAUGGUGAACAGUAUUAUCAAGUAUUCACGAAACUCUAUAACAAAAUAUAUUAAACAAACAUUGUUAUAUGAGAGUCGUCACGUUAAGAAGUUACCAUUUACAGUGGUGUUUGUUUAAGACUAAAGUAUGAUAACUUUGCAAGUUUUUUUUUGAUUGUCAGGUUUCCAGCUACAGAAAGAUAUCUACUUCAUUAGGUCGUGUUCUAAUCAGAAUUAAAAAAUAUGAAUCGGUGAAUUUAUAAGCCAAAAACAUCCCGUACAAAAUAUCUAAAAUCUAUGGUUCUCUCUUGGCGUGACGGUUCACAUAUUUAUCAGUUGUAAUAAUGCUCAACGUGCAUUGUAUAAUAAGUCUUUAGUAUGUGUUACCUUUCCAUAACUUCUGUGAUGUUAAUUUUGAAUAAUAAAUGUGUGUUUAGUUUUAA